CAAACACGUUUAUACUUUUAUAAAUUGACGUGAAAACAAGGAAGAUACCAUUCUCACUCGGGAGAAAUAUUAAAUGUGGACACGUUUUUCUUUGUAGAGGGAUAUCAUGAAGUGUUUUAAACACAAGUUCUUGUUUGGAUUACUUUUAAAUGUAGUGAUACAUUUGGAAUCGGUUGAUGUAUCCCUAGACGCUGAAGACGAGAAUUUAGGUCAGAGAUUUCUGAGGAAUUUAGAAAACACCUUAGGAAAACUGCCGACAAAGAUAGAGAACACCACAUGUCGUCCAUUGCCCCCCACUAUAACAGAUUGCAAAACAUUGGACCUAUAUGGAAGUAACCUCCAAGAAAACUGCCAAAAAGAAGAUGCGCCCUGCUAUUCUUGGAAUAUUGCAUUCAUUGCAGGAGGGAAGAAAUUCAUGGUCUUUAUAGGAUAUAAUGAUGACAAGAAGAAAGAUAUCAAAGUCACUUGCAAUGAAUCAGAAUCAAUAGAACAAAUGAGGACAAAUGGUACUACAGAAAUGGAUAACGAACAGGAGCAUAUGACGACGGUAUCAAUUUCUGAAGGGGUAUAUAAUCCAUCAACAAGGAGAAAACAGCCCCCACCAACUGACAAUUCUAUUCUGGAAACUGACGAUGGCAAGGAUUCAGCAUCGGUGAUUGAAAAUACUUCAGACGAAGAAAUGGAGACUGGUGUGAUAAAAUGGAAGAAGGUUUCGUGCAAUGCUGGAAGGAAUAUACACGAAAAAUAUUAAAACGAUGUAGGAAAAGGUUGGAUCGCAAUGAUAAUUGUACACAAAACAUCUACACAUCUGAGGACUCUACUAAGUCUCCUGGAGAAGGCAUUCUGGUGAUCACACAUCUUCUAGCGGCUGCAAUAGGCUGUGGAAUUUUAUAUCUGGUUCUGAAAAAGAUAGGAAGAUUAAGUCAACAGAAAAACACGUUUCGAAUCAGUAUCCCACCAAUAAUUCACGAACACAUUGAGGGGCCGUAUCAUGAAGUGUGAAGCAAAAUGGUGAGAUCUCUCAAUCAUAAAUCUCACUUAUCGAUUGAACAAAUCUACCCCCUCAAUACUUAAAUGAUGAUUUUGGAUUCUCUUGUAGUCUGGAAUUCAUUUUGAUCAUCAAACAAAAUCAAAUUCUUUCACGAAAUCUAUCCCUUCAUCUGGUCGGAAGCUUUCCAAACUCCCGGAGAUUUCACAAGAGCCUGAGAGAGAUGAAUAUUAUAACCUGAUCCCUCAGACCGGAAAAGAUGGUUCACAGACAGAUAAAAAUGUGAAAUAUACAGGAUUAAACCCAGAAGAUCGUGAGAAAGAGUUAAAAACUGAGGACAGCACAAAUUCUGACAAGUUAGAUUACAACCUAAAGACGUCUUUUCCUUCUGCAGACAAAACUGAUGACUAUUUCGUUCUUGAUAAAUCUACUGAUAUGGAUCUCAAAUGAUGUUUUUAUGAGCAAAUCAUCUGUGAUGUUUUAUAACCUAAAAUAAAUAAAAUAUUUACAAUAAAUAUAUGAUAU